GAAAAAAGGGCGAGAUAUCGAAACCAAAAUCCGAAAUGCAGUCGUUUAACAGUCGGCGAAAGGAACAAAAUUUCUUGCGAUUUAAGGUACCCUCUUCUUGGGUGAGAGAGACUUGGCUAAAGGUGAUAGAAGAACAAGAGCGGGUCUUCGUCAAUGGGACGCGGCUUCGUAACUGGUGAGGCUUUUCCGGCGGCGACAUCGGUCCCUCCUACUGUCCUAUUUCACCCAACCGAUGAGGAACUCGUUAGCUAUUACUUGAAGAGGAAGGUUAUGGGGAAACCCCGCUUCGAUGUGAUUGGGGAAAGCGAUAUUAACAAGCUCGACCCCUGUAUCUUACCAGGAAAUGCAGUUUGUUUGGAGUGCUACUUUUUCAGCGCUGUGCAUAAGUACCGCACUGGUGGUACUAGAGUGAGCCGAGCAACGAUCAAAGGCUACUGGAGACAAAGCGGAAAAGACAAGAAGAAACGUGGGUACGUGUUGUGCAGAUUGUUCCAGAAGAAUGGCAUCCGGAAUGCCUUCUUCUUGGGAAAUGUGAAAGCAGAUCAUUUCCCACUUGUUGUGGAUGCCAAUGGCAAGAACAAGACUCAACAGGAAAAUCAGUCGCAGAGAAAGCUUCUCAUCGACCUCAACACGCUCCGAAGAGAGUUCGAGAUAGGAAACAAUGACGGUGAGCCACUGAAGAGAGGAGAAUCUGCAGCACAAGUACUUCCUAUUUGUGUCCUCAACAAAGAAGCUCCAUUGCCUAUCAUCCAAUACAAACGCAAGCGCCAAGAUGGAUCCUCUGCUGCUAUUUACAACAACUCGAGACAAACCACUCAUCAGGACCAUUGUUCCUCCACAACAACAACCGUCGACACAUCCACUCCUGCCAUGGCCGCCGCGCUGCUCGAGUUCUCUCUCAGGGCUUGUUCCGACAAGGAAAAGAAUCUUCUGCUCAUGGAGAACAAUCCAGAACUACCAGCUGCUACAAUGGCGCCCGCAGCAAGCUCAUCCACCAAACUCAUCUACGAUCUGCAGAAGGAGAAAGACCUGAUAGCUGCGGAGAGAGACAAGUUAAAGUCUGAUUUGAUAGAGGCAGAAAUGAUGCAAAACAUUCUUCAGGGGCAGAUUAAUGCAUUGCGUGAGGAGAACGAGGAGCUGAGGAAGAAUAACUGCAGCAACAACAACAUGGAACUAUGCUUUUAA